AGGGGCGGUGGCUGGGCACCCGGAAGAGUGGUCGGCAGAGCGAACGCCGAAGGCGGCGGUCCGAGCCCUGACAUGGACAAGCUGAAGAAGGUGCUGAGCGGCCAGGACACCGAGGACCGCAGCGGUCUGUCUGAGGUUGUGGAGUCGUCAUCACUCAGCUGGAGCACCAGGAUAAAAGGCUUCAUCGUGUGCUUUGCUCUAGGGAUCCUGUGCUCACUGCUGGGUACUCUUCUGCUGUGGGUGUCCAGGAAGGGACUCUUUGCAGUAUUUUACACCCUGGGUAACAUUACAUCAAUUGGGAGUACCAUGUUCCUCAUGGGGCCACUGAAGCAGCUGAAGCGUAUGUUUGAGCCUACCCGUCUCAUCGCCACAAUCCUGGUGCUGUUGUUUUUUGUACUCACUCUGUGCUCUGCCUUUUUGUGGAAUAAGGGACUUGCGCUCAUCUUCUGUAUUUUGCAGUCUUUGGCCUUGACGUGGUAUAGCCUUUCCUACAUACCGUAUGCAAGGGACGCUGUGAAGAAGUGCUUUGCCGUGUGUCUUACGUAACAUGCUGCCGGCGUGCAGGGAGCACUGUGGACAGAAGCUGAUGGACUGUGCUGUACAUACCCUCUAAGCCUCUGUCGCACAGACACGUGCCUUCCACUUGUGGCAGUGUGUUCCUUGCAGUUCGGACAUUUUUGAGGGUUGCCUGUGGGAGCCGUCAUGAGUCCUAAACCUUAAUGUCUAUAACACAAUGGAGGUUCUGUGGCUUGUGUAGACAACUCUAGUGACUGUUCUCCUCUGGGAGGUGUCCCACCGAGUUCUCCCAGAGCAGUCUUUGUCCAAUAGCAGCCCAUAAACCUCAGGAGCCUCUGGUUCCCAGGCGGCAGGAAGGUCUAGCAGGGCUUCUGGUGGGGCAGCAGGAACUACAGAAUUUAAAGAUUUGCCCCUUAUCAAGAAACCAUGGGCCCAGCCCCACACGGCAUCUUCCCUGGUGUCUGAGAGCAAGUUAUCCUGCCUGUCUUAAGACCCGGAGAGCCUGCCCUGGAUACAUUGUUCCUUUCCCUGGGUGGCACCUUCUUGCUGUUCUGAAUCACGGCUGGCUAGUGUCCAAUGUGGAUUCUUUCUCUUGCCCUCACCCUCCCAUAUCUGUCUUGUGACCUUGGGACACUGGUUAAUUGAGAGUGAGGUAGUGACCUAAAAUGCUGUUUCCUUUUGGACAAGAGCCAUUAGAAAGUGAAAAAUCUUCAUGUUCCUCACUUGGUUUGGUUUCCUUCAUUAUUUAUAAAUGUUUACUUUCCGUUCUUUGCUGGAGUUGGGAUAAGGAAAGUGCGUGGAAGACAGAUCCCUCGUGGGCCAGCGAGAAUCAGGCAUGCCUGCCAAGCAACCUAAGGGCUCCAGCACUGGCACGGGGUCCGCACUGGACACUGGUGGUCAGCCCGUAGGUGGUGGUGCUGCAGCUGAGUGCCUAACCACACACAGCGUUCUUGUGUUGGGGAUCUCAUCUGCUCCUCACGAGGGCCGUGCGAGUUGUCUCACUGCAGUCAGAGCCGGGACUCAGGCUGGUUUCCACAUCACCUGGAGCUCCAGCUCUGGCCUGACUCAGUUCCUGCUAUGACUCUGUGUAUCCUGGCAUGGCUCUGCUCAGAGCCCCCGUCACCUCUCGUAAACCUGUUCUUGUUUUCAUCCUCCUAGCCUGGAUCUUUUCUGAUGCAGCAUCUGUGUCACUUGAGCUCCCUGCUCCCUCGUUUUGCUUUUGGGCAGCUUCCCUCUGCAUCUGUAGGAUGGCUACCAUCCUAUGGUCCCUUGUAGCUGCUCAGUACUUCCUUGUUUUGACAGCUUGAGGUCCUGGAAGUCUAGGUUUGCCCUUUGCUCUUUGCUCAGGGCUGGCUGUUCUACUUUGACCUCUGUCUUAUCACUGCCAGACCAGAGGAGGCGAGCACUCUCGUCUCUACAGUUGUGGCCAGUUGCUGAACUGUGGCUAAUGGCUGUCUUUUCUCCUGAGAUGGAGAAGUGUGGACAGGCUGAUCGGGACUAGGGCAGAGGUUAGCUCAGUCUUUCUAGAUUCUUGCCAUGCUGUUGAAGGCAUCGAGAAG